CGGUUUUGGUAUUCGGUGACACGGCUUCCACCCGGUAUAAAAACUACGUCCCGACCAACGUCCUUAUCACAUAAGUCCAGUCAAUCAAUACAGCAUCAACAUGUACUUCAAAAUCGUAGCAGUCAGCGUUCUUGUGGCAGUCUGCCAUGCGGGCAUCAUCGACGAGGGACACGGCCAUGCCGUCUCAUCCCAAAGCAUUGUCCGCCACGACCAGCCCACUAAUGGAGCUACACACUACGCUCCCAUAGUUUCUCACGCUGCUCCCGUCUUGGCCCAUGCUGCUCCAAUUCUUCACCACGCUGCUCCCCUCCUCCACUCCGCCCCCAUCGUUCAACAUGUCGCCGCGGUGUCCCACUCAGCACCCAUUGCUCUAGCUCAUGCAGAACAGAUCGAAGACCACGCACCAGCUCACUACGAAUUCUCCUACUCCGUCGAAGACCCACACACCGGUGACCACAAAUCUCAGCACGAGAGCCGCGAAGGAGAUGUUGUAAAAGGAGAAUACUCUCUGGUCCAGCCCGAUGGCGCCGUGAGAACCGUCGAAUAUACCGCUGAUGCUCACAAUGGCUUCAACGCUGUCGUGCACAACUCCGCUCCAUCAGCCCAUGCUGCUCAAACUCAAGCAGAGCACGCAGGCUCCGUGGUCCAUGCCGCGCCCGUUGUUCACGCCGCGCCCGUGGUCCAUGCUGCUCCCGUCGUCCAUGCUCCCAUUGUUCAUGCCGCUCCAUUGGUUCACGCCACUCCCGUGAUCCACGCGACACCUUACCUAGCCCACCAUUACGAAGCAAACCUUAUUCAAAGCAAAAUGAUCGCUAAAGCCGCAGUCGUCCUUUCCAUCGUGGCGGUAGCAGCCGCUGGUGUGUUGCACGGUUACGGCGGUGAGAGCUAUGGCCACGAAGCCGUUGCAUACGCGCCGGUUGCCCAGCUUGCCCACUACGAGGGCCAUGACGAACAUGUCGACUAUCACGCUCACCCCAAAUAUGACUACUCCUACUCUGUGUCGGACCCCCACACUGGUGACCACAAGGAACAGCACGAAGUUCGUGAUGGAGACAUCGUAAAGGGCGAAUACUCCCUUCUCCAACCUGACGGCUCUUUCCGUAAGGUCACCUACACCGCUGAUGACCAUAACGGUUUCAACGCGAUCGUCCACAACACAGCGCCCGUCCACUCCGAGUACCACUAAUUAUAACUGGCUCAAUGCCCCCUUCAUGUGAUAUUAUGUGUACCUUUUAUACUUAUAGAUAGUCUUUAGUCGACAACGAAUGUUUUAAAUAAGACUGUGGCGAAAAUAAA